AUGAAGAGGCGGGCGGCGCCCGCGGCGGGCGAGGCGGGCCCGAAGAGGCAGCGGCCCGAGCCCGCCGUGGCCGUGAGCCUGCAGGGUGGCCAGCCGAGUCCGUGCCUGAACGACGUGCAGAACCUGCUGCUGCGCGUGUUCACGGCCGAGUUCGGGGAGAACCCGAGGUGGCUCUGCGUCCGGGGCAUGCCCCUGGUCGAGGCCGCCGCCGUGGUGCUCCUGCCCUGCCUGGACGCCGGCACCGCCCGCGCCGCGGGUGGCGCCGCGCCGCUGCUGUCGCGGCUGCUGCGCGGGCCGGGGGCCGUGGGCUCCCGCGCCCCCGGGGAGGUGGAGCACUUCCCCGGCAAGGACGCGGCCCUCGCGGGCGACCGCAUGCUGCGCACCCUGCUCGCCGCGCGGGGGAGGCCCGCGGUCUCGAGCAAGAAGCGCGCCGCGGCGCCCGCCCAGCCGCUGGACCCCGAGGCGGCGACGACGCCGCUGAGCGCGUACCUCGCGUCGGCCGAGGCGCGCGAGCGGAGCGAGUACCCGACGCUCGGCGCGGCCGGAGAACCAGCCGCCGGCUGGGUCACCACUCGCGGGCUCGGCGGGGGCGGCGCCGGGGCCGGGGACGACCGCUCGGACUUGGUCGGGCUGGACUGCGAGAUGGUGCUGACGGCCUCGGGCCACGCUCUGGCGCGGGUGUCCCUCGUCGACGCGAAUGGGCGUCUGCUCUAUGAUUCCCUGGUGCGGCCUGCGGAAGCAGUGACCGACUACCUUACCCAGUACAGCGGCAUAACUGAGGAAGCGCUGGACGGCGUGCAGGUCACUCUGGCCGACGUUCAGGCCAAGCUGCUCGGCGGGCUGAUUUCGGAGCGGAGCAUUCUUGUCGGCCAUUCCUUGGAGAACGACCUGCGCGCGCUCAAGCUGGUGCACGAGCGGGUGCUCGACACCGCGGUGCUGUACCCCCACUCCCGGGGCUGGCCCUACCGACACAGCCUGGCAGGGCUGGUCCAGACGUUCCUGAAGCGGAAGCUGGACCGGAGCCUCGGCCACGACUCGGCCGCAGACGCGACGGCGGCGAUGGAGCUCGCGCUCCUGAAGCUGGAGAAGGGUCCCUCCUUCGGCGCCGGCGGCAGCCUUCGGGAGUCGGUGCCGCUGGGCAGGCUGCUGCGCGCCGACGGCGUCGCCCUCUCCUUGUCCGGCGGCGGCGGCGACGCCGCUGCCACGGGCCCCGAGACGCCCGCGUGGCUCCUGGAGGGCUGCCGUGAGGCAGGGGCCGACCCCAACGGCGUUGGGGCGAUCUCGUGGGCCGUCGUCGCUUCGACCUCGCCGUUUUUUCUACAGCAGAGGCGGGCUGGAGGCAAAACGAGGGACAGCGAAGACAUGACGAGAAAACGCGAGCCACGCCGCGCGCGUGACGGGGGGUGCGGACCGAACGCCCCGCCCUCCUGGGUCCCGGGGCCUCGUGUUCUGACGAAGGACCGCCCUGCGCGCGCCUCCCACUGA